CUAGAGGGAGCGCGUAGGAAACCGAGAGAGAAGAACAAGUGAAAGAAAGAGAGAAUAAAGAGGGAGAGGAAGAGCGAGAGAAGAAUAGCUCGUGGGAGCGAGGGGAAAAAAGUGAAAGUGACCAUGACUACCACCAUGCCAGUCUCUGCAUCCCCUCCUGUCCUCUCACCCGACCCAGGAGAACAUUCCCCUGGGGGAAUAACCUGCUCCGAUCCGUUUUACACCCCCACAACCACCAGCCCUCAUCAAGACUCCCCAUCCCUGCGGCUCACCACCACGGGACUCCUCAACCCCUUCCUAUCGGGCUCAGGAGUCCCAUCCUGCGGCUUGGGAUUCAACAACACCCCGGUGUCUGGAGAUCGAGUCAUUUCCACCACCACUGCGACCACAACCAGUGAGUGCAGAAUGGUGGAUGUACACGGAAUAAAAGUUGCCUCUUUCAGCGUCGGAGGACAGGACGAGUUGAUUUGUCUACCCCAAGUGUUCGAUCUCUUCCUAAAACACCUAGUCGGCGGGCUUCAUACCGUUUACACCAAGCUGAAACGCCUUGAUAUAUGUCCGGUUGUGUGUACGGUGGAGCAGGUACGUGUCCUGCGAGGACUUGGCGCUAUUCAACCGGGAGUAAACCGCUGUAAACUCAUCUCCAGGCGAGACUUCGAGGCGCUCUACAAUGACUGCACCAAUGCAAGCUCUCGUCCGGGCCGCCCUCCAAAGCUCCCUGGGAUUCGGGAAAGCUCCAGGCUCCUCCACCCUGAGGUUCUGCUGGCACCUGGAAUGUUCUCUCACGCAGGUGGGAAUGAGUGUUCCUGGGAUAAGGAGAGGCUUGAGUCGCAACCCUGUGGAGGUGGAGGGGCGGGAGUACAACCGAGACGAAAUAACCAGAUGACCUCCCUACAACAGCAACUACUGGCCAACCGUCUCCAGGACCUCCCUUUCAUGAUGAUUCCCCACCCCUUACUUCCUGCCAGGUUGCCCCCGGCGUCGGUUGCCAUGGCAAUGUCACAGAUGAACCACCUCAACACCAUGGCCAACAUGGCAGCUGCCGCGCAUAUACACACACACCGGGGCAUCAAGGAGCGUGUGUGUGACAGUCCGUCCCCCUCUCCAUCUCUAGAAGACACACAUACACCUCUCCUCUCACAGCUCUCCUCACAUCUCAGCUCUACAUCGUCACCAGACCCUGUGAACCACGACAGAGACCUUACUGAAAGAGACAUUCAAAAAAUUGCAAGAGAGAAAGAAGACUCCUCAUCGGCUCCUCCCAUGGUAAAGCAGUCAUUUGAUAGGCUGUCCUCAGGCCAGGCUCUGCCCCCUGGCUUCCCGGCUCCGUUCCUAUUCGCUGACGGCAUUUCCUCUGUUGAGACUCUACUCACCAACAUACAGGGCCUGUUAAAGGUGGCUGUAGAGAAUGCCAGUGUCCAGGACAAUCAGAUCCAGGCAGAGAAGAGAGUACUGAAGAUGGAGCUGUACAGAGAGAGAGAGUUGAGAGAGAGUCUGGAAAGACAACUCACCUCAGAGUUACAGAGCAGAGCCUCUAUGCAGAAGCGCUUGAAGAAAGAGAAAAAGUUGAAGAGGAAACUACAGGAAGUGUUGGCGUUUGAGUCCAAGAGGAGGGAGAGAGUUGAGGAUGCUCUCAAACGCUGGUCCUCGUCCUCUCUCUCUCCUCCCAGCUGCAGCAACGAUACUGAGGUACCAGAAGAUGGACCUGAACUGAAUGGUAACCAUCAUAACAAUCCUACAAUCCAAGAAUCCUGUUCGUUCCUGAAGACCCGGCUACCGUUCUAAUUACAUUGCUGUGAGCUCAUCACUGAACACCCGGCCUGUUGCCACGACAGCCUGGAAAGAGAACAACUAUCCUGUUUGGAUUGACUGAGAGGAGAGGAGGGACGUUUAAAAGAUGGAGAGGAGAGGAGAGGAAAGGAAAGGAGGGACGUUUAAAAGAUGGAGAGGAGAGGAGAGGAGAGGAGAGGAGAGGAGGAGGGACGUUUAAAAGAUGGAGAGGAGAGGAGAGACGUUUAAAAGAUGGAGAGGAGAGGAGAGGAGAGGAGAGGAGAGGAGAGGAGAGGAGAGGAGAGGAGAGGAGAGGAGAGGAGAGGAGAGGAAAGGAAAGGAGGGACGUUUAAAAGAUGGAGAGGAGAGGAGGUUUAAAAGAUGGAGGGACGUUUAAAAGAAGGAGAGGAGAUAUUCAUGGUCAGAGAGAGAGAGAUAUCUUCAUGGUCAGAGAGAGAGAUAUCUUCAUGGUCAGAGAGAGAGAUAUCUUCAUGGUCAGAGAGACUGUCAGAAUGUUCUGUCUUAUGUUCUUAUUUCAUCUCUCUCUCUCUCUGUGUCUCUCUUUGUCUCUCUCUUUCUCUGUCUCUGUGUGUCUCUGUCUCUCUGUCUCUCUCUCUCUCUCUCUCUCUCUCUCUCUCUCUCUGUCUUCUCUCUCUCUCUGUCUUCUCUCUCUCUCUCUCUCUCUCUGUCUCUCUUUGUCUCUCUCUUUCUCUGUCUCUGUGUGUCUCUGUCUCUCUCUCUCUCUCUCUCUCUGGGCCUAUCAGAGGGCGCUACGUGUUUAGCUAUUGUUUAAUCACAGAGAGUUAAGUGAGGAAUCUGCAGAAAGACCUGCUAGAUAGCUAGUACUGAGUGUGUCCCAAAAUUACUACUUAUAUAGGACCCUGGUUUAUAUGGUUGGAGUUUAAAAAAAUAUACAGUUUUAUACACUGAACAAAAAAUAUGAACACAACAUGCAACAAUUUCAAAGAGUUUACUGAGUUACAGUUCAUAUCAGGAAAUCAGUCAAUUCAAAUACAUGAAUUAGGACCUGAUUUAUGACUGGAAAUUAGGAAACACAGACAUCCUUUUUAAAAAGUAUCAUAAAACCAGUCAGUAUCUGGUGUGACCACCAUGUACCUCAUACACCGCUACACAUCUCCUUCACAUAGAGUUGAUCAGGCUGUUUGAUUGUGGCCUGUGGAAUGUUGUCCCAACUCUUCUUCCAUGGCCGUGUGAAGUUGCUGGAUAUUGGCGGGAACUGGGACACGCUGUCGUUCACACGUCGAUCCAGGGCAUCCCGAACAUGCUCAACGGGUGACAUGUAUUAGAAGCUGUAUUUUAAUGUUUAAGAUGAUUCAAAUGAGGACUAAAAUAUCUGGUGAGUCACCAUGGUGAUGAGGCCAUGAUCAGGCCAUGGAAGAACUGGGACCUUGCGUUAUCAUGCUGAAACAUGAGGUGAUGUUGGUGAGGAUGACAAUGGGCCUCAGGAUCUCAUCACUGUAUUUUUUUAUUUGGUGUGUGCAUUCAAAUGACCAUCGAUAAAAUGUAAUUGUGUUCGUUGUCCAUAGCUUAUUCCUGCCCAUAACCUCACCAUGGGACACUCUGUAAAGGAUGGAGAUGAACACGUGUACAACGUUUCUUAGAAAUUAGCUUUCUGUGUCUUUAUUUUAGCUCAUGAAACAUGAGACCGACACUCUACAUGUUCUGUUUCUAUCUUUGUUCAGUAUAAUAUUACAGUAUAAUAAAAGUUAUAAUAUGA